GCGUGUGCUAGAAUCGAAGUGAUGUCCUGCUCCCCUUGUUCCUCCUCACUCCUGUGCAACUCCCUUGCUGUAACUUCAAUCUUCCACUCCAAAGACUCGCUUUAUCCACCAAACCAACCCAAACUCCCUUCCAAGAAACUCUUCAUCUUCGCCUCCUUAAACCUAGAUAGUCCCCGGCAUUGCAGGAAGACAUUUGAAGCCACUAAAUCCAUAUCUGAUGGCGGCGGAAGUCCUCCCGGAGAACCCCCAACCGGAGGCAGCGGAGGUGGAGGGGAGGAAGAUGACUAUAAAAAGGAGGUGGAGGAGGAGUUCGGGCCGGUUUUGAAAUUCGAGGAAGUAAUCCGCGAGACCGAUGCUCGAGUUGCGAGCCUCCCUUCCGACAUGCUUGAUGCUGCGAAGUCCAUUGGUAUCCGAAAGCUUCUUCUUCUUCGAUACCUAGACAUGCAGGCCUCGCCAUGGCCACUGGGAGCUGCGAUGAGGUCGUGCUCGAUGCUCCGUAAUCGGAUGCUUGCGGACCCUUCUUUUCUCUUCAAAGUCGGCGCAGAGGUGGUUAUAGACGCAUGCUGCGGUACCUUUGCGGAGAUUCAAAAGAGGGGGGAGGAUUUCUGGCCGGAGUUUGAGUUGUACGCCGCUGAUCUUUUGGUAGGGGUGGUGGUGGAUAUUGCUUUGGUGGGUCUUUUGGCACCAUAUGUGAGAUUUGGAAAGCCUUCUUUCUCAAAUGGGAUUUUUGGGGGCAUUUCACGUGCUUGUGCUUCUCUGCCUAGCAGCGUUUUUGAAGCUGAAAGGCCUGGGAGUAGAUUUUCAAUCAAGCAGCGAAUUGGAACAUACUUUUAUAAGGGAGUUCUAUAUGGCUCAGUGGGUUUUGUUUGUGGACUUUUUGGCCAAGGCAUUGCUAAUUUGGUCAUGACUGCCAAAAGGAAUGUAAAUAAAUCAGAAGAAGAUAUACCAGUUCCACCACUUGUUAAGAGUGCUGUUCUUUGGGGUGUUUUCCUUGCGGUUUCGUCGAACACUCGAUAUCAGAUUGUUAAUGGACUGGAACAGGUUGUGGAGGCAUCUCCUGUAGCCAGACGUGUUCCACUAGUUGCAAUGGCUUUCACCAUUGGAGUGCGUUUUGCCAAUAAUAUAUAUGGAGGAAUGCAGUUUGUGGAUUGGGCUAGAUGGAGUGGCGUCCAAUGAAGGUUUGUUGUCAUAUUUUUUGGUCUGAUAUAAAGCGCAGACAAUAGGAUUUCACUUCUGCGUUGAAAUGCUCGUCUCGUCGAUCUGAAUAAAUAUUCUGUUGCAAAUGGCUGCUAAAAUGGAGGUUUUAGGAACUCCGAGAAGGUUAGAACUAGUCGGACAAAUGGCAUGAAAAUGAGCACCACAUGAAAGCUUGUGUAGAGAGGAUGUCGGGACACAGUCAGAUGAGUCCCUGAUCGGCUUCGUAAACUAUCCCAUAAACUUCUCUGUUCUUUCCUCAUCUCAUUCUGUUCUCUAAAGGGUGCUUAUUUAUGUAUUAUUUAUGCAUGAGGUGGGCUUGUGCCUUGGGGAAGAUGCAUGCCUUAAAUUAUAGUGGCUGAUGGUUUACAAUCAUAUCGGCUUGGUUUAUAAUAUGGCAUGUUAAUUGAAAGAAAAUUAACUUACUUUUAGUGAAUUCUCUAAUCAGCUUUUUUUGUAUUGGAAGAUUUAAAUAAAUACCACUGAAUUCUUAUGUAUGUACAUA